AUGAGAUCCUCAUUGUUUGGGCCCGCGGCGGCUGGCCUGUCGACCAUACUGACACUAUUGCCGACCGUAAACGCUUUGUCAUUCGACGCUAUCUCGCUCCCCGAUCUGGACCUGUCUUCUUUAGGCCGGGUCUCCAUCACCGGCAAUUUCGAUGGCGUAUCCCUGUACGAAUAUGAGGGCCAAAACGAGGUCACUCAAACCAACGGCUCCUCAUCGAUCCUGACGCCCCUUCCAAAUGGCAUUCUCACGAACCUUUCUACCGCCGACGCCCAGAUCCAGGCCAUGUGCUCCUUUACGAAGAAAGACGGAACGUUCGCCGGAAUCUUUGUCGGUGGAAAUUUUACGACGCUAGGUGGUGUGGAAUCGCGUGGAGCGGCUUUGUUCAACCCGAACUCCAGUGCCGUUACAGCCUUGCCAGGAUUGAAUGGUUCGGUGUCAGCUGUGGCGUGCGAUGAGAGCACAAAUCGCGUCUACGUCGGCGGAACCUUUGACCACAAGAACAGCUCUAACGCGAUCGCCUGGAGUCCUGACAAUGGCUGGACUGAUCUUGACUUUAAAGGCCUCAACGGCCCCGUGAAAUCGAUCUUGAAGGCGGAAAAUGGCCACAUCAUCUUCGGAGGAACUUUUGAUGGGACCGGCAACUCGAGCAACACGUCGUCGACAUACAGUCCACAGGUUUUGAAUUUGCAGAAUGCGACCAUCACCUCCGACGCCGAAACUUCUCUCAGUGGCUACAUAAGUCCCCGAAACGUUAUCUGCUCUACAAGCGGCGAGGCAGCCAAGGGUAAAACUUGGUUGCUUGAUGACUACUCCCCUGGGUUCUGGCGCGCUGAUCUUGGCUUUGAGGCCAAGCCAACCAAGGUUCGCCUUUACAACACUCAUCUGGAUGGACGUGGUACCAAGACCUUUCUGUUCCGCGCCUUGCCCGACGAUGGGAUAAUGAAUUUGACUUAUACGGACACCUCGGGCAACAAGGCUUACUGCGACCAAUCGUGUCCACUUUCCAACAGCACCAGUGAAAAAUAUCGUGACUUCACCCUUGUCAACUCAGUGGGUAUGACAGGACUUCAGAUUGAAAUUAAGGAUUGGUAUGGCGAAGGUGCUGGAUUGAAUGGAAUCGAAAUUUUCCAAGAGAACAUCUUCUCCUACGCUAUCGACAAGUUUAACGAGCCUACCUGCGCCGAUAUUGGAUACCCCUCCAAGUCAAUUGUGACUGGCACUUGGGAUAUUGAUUCUACUUAUCUGUCUGCCCAAGUGACCGAUGCCAACGAUACCGAUACAUCUGUUGUCUUCCAGCCUGACGUGAAAGAAUCAGGAAAAUACGAGAUUUACCUUUACACCCCCGGAUGUUCUGGCAGCGACACCUGCUCUUCUCGUGGUAUGGUCAACGUCACGGCCACAGUCGCAAGUGGCACCGACGCCUCUAACCCAUCCCCCACCACCAUUUACCAGACAAACGAGGACGACAAAUAUGAUGUUUUGUACACAGGGCAUGUUGACAAAGCAAGCGAUUCCUUCCGCCCCAGCGUUACUCUCCGACCAAUCUCUGGCCAAGGAGACAUCAAUGUUGUAGCAUGGCGUACUAAAUUCAUCCCGCUGUUCAACACGACCAAGACAUCAGGAUCAAGCUCGGACUCAGACUCGGACUCGGGAGAUUUGAAUGGACUGUACGAUUAUGAUCCUACUUCGACGACUUCGACUAGUACCGAUAAAUCCGACAUCAACACGGCCGGAACAUCGCUCAAUAAAGAUGCUUCGAUCCUGAGCUUGGCCGAGUAUGACAGUGUUAUUUACGCCGGUGGUAACUUUUCCGACAGCAGCAUCAGCUAUAUUAUGUCCAUCACUGAUGGCAAUGCGACUGCAAUGCCAGGUGGUGGCCUGAAUGCCGGAGUUCAAACUAUGGCUAUCCUCGACAAGCUUUUGUACGUUGGAGGUAACUUUACAGACACCUCUGACGGUGGCAUUGACGGCUUGUACCAUAUUGCCGCCUACUCCUUCUCCACGAAGAAGUGGUCUGCCCUGGGAGCAGGAUUGAAUGGCCCCGUUUCGACUAUUUAUUCCAUUGAUCUGAAUGUGUCGUCUUCAAUCAACGAGACAACCAUUGCCGUUAGCGGUGAUUUCAAUGAAAUCCGCGCAUAUAAUGGUGACUCUGCAGUCAAUGUCCCUGGCUUUGCCAUCUGGCUUCCGUCGAACCAGACCUGGCUCCAGAGCCUCAAUGUCACCCAGAUGGAGUUUGCUGGGCAGCUGUCUGCGGUUGCCUCCGUGAACAAGACAUCAAUUCUUGCCGGCAGUCUGGCCACUGAUGGUUACACUGCCUCUGACGCUGUGUGGCUGCAAAACUCUGACGAUCUCAGCCUCCUUCCUUUGACAAUGAACAUUAAUCAAACUGGAUCAAGUGUUGGAUUGGUGACUGGUGUCUAUGAUACGUCCAGUCGCAACCAGACCAUUUUUGGUGGUCAAUUUAAUGCCACCGGCACCGACGGCUCCACAAUGUCUACCGUUGCCAUUGUAAACGGAACCAACAACAUCUAUGGCUUGCCGCAAGGCUUGGACAGUAACUCGACUGUCCUCUCCAUGAUCGUGUACAACAACACUCUCUUUGCUGGUGGCAAUAUCACUGGUACUAUCGGUGGUUCGUCUGUUAAUGGUUUCUUCACCUAUGAUUUGACCGGAAAUAAGUUCGCAUCCCAACCAUGGGAACUUCGCGGGUCUAAUGUGUCGGUCAACUCUAUUGCUGCCCGACCGGACUCAUCUGAUGUCUACAUUGGUGGCAACUUUGAUACGGCCGGCUCAUUGCCUUGCGAAACUGUCUGUGCUUUGGAUUCCUCAAUGAACUCCUGGAGCUGGCCUGGCGUGAGUAUCGGUGGAACUGCUCUUGCUCUUAGCUGGUCUAGUUCCAACAUCCUGUACGCGGCAGGCAACCUGACUGUCUCAGGGAACCAGACCCUCGUCGCCACAUUCAAUGUGAAGACUGAGGCUUGGACCUCCGUGUCUGGUGCAUUGCAGUCCGAUAUCCCGGGUGUGCUCACUGCAUUCGCACCUGCUUCUGAGGACGUUUCGAAGUUCUGGAUUGCCGGCACAUUGACCAACGGUUCUACCUUUUUCAUGAACUACGACGGUUCCAAGUUCCAGUCCCCCGGCAACCUGUUCUCCGAGGGCACUGUCAUUCGUGGCAUGGAAGUACUUCCCCUCCAUGAGAACCACAAAUCGGUUUCGCUUCUAAAUGACGAUCAAACGCUCCUUCUGAUGGGCGAGCUCAUUAUUCCUGACUUUGGCAACGCGUCGGCCGCUCUGUACAACGGAACCACCGUUACCCCGUUCAUCCUUUCCUCGAACUAUGAUGGCCAACCUGGAAGCAUGUCACAGCUGUUCUCUGAGAACAAGAACCCCUAUGACACCAAAUCGAGCCAUCACUCCAAUGGUAUUGUAGUUCUGGUGGCAUUCUGCUGUGCACUGGGCUGCGUUUUCCUUAUUGUCGCCGCCGGUGUGAUCAUGAACAAGAUUCAGCGUCGCCGCCAGGGCUAUUCUGCCGCUCCGCAAUCGUUUGGCACUGAUCGGCCAAGCGAUAUGCAGCGCGUCCCCCCUGAGUACCUCUUCAAUUCCAUCGGGCAAUCGAACCCGACUGCCCCGGCUAUCUAA